GACUGUCAUGAAGCACCUCCGGGAUGCUGAUUUUGGGGUGUGUACUGCAAGCAGGGAGGGCACCGAGGCGCUGCUGGCGGAGCUGUUGCAAUGCCUCUCCCGUCCCCUGGGGCCGCCGGACGCCAUGCAGAGCACGGUGUGCGACCGAAUCCUGCGAGCCUGUGUGCAGCGCCUGGGCGAGCUGGGGGGGGAGCCUGGGGGCUGCCCUGAGCAUGCAAUCAGCCUGCUGGGGCUGGCCGAGGCGGCCUGCGGGGGCUAUGUGGCCUCGGCCACCCCCCCGCCAUCCCCCCUCUACCUGGAGAAGAUUCUCUACCACCUGAUGCGCAACGCGGCCGCCGGGGGCUGCAGCGCUGCCCGUGAGCGAGCGGCUGAGCUCCUCCUCACCCGCCUGCGUGCCCCCCAGCCCAGCCGCUCGCCCCGCGCUGACUUCACCACCAUCGCCCGCAGCAGCUUUGUCGUGCUGUGGAAGGGGACGGACAGCCUGGGGGGCCGCCUGGGGGCCCUGCGCUUCCUCCUGCUGCUGGAGGACGAGGAGGAGGGUGCCCUGCUGCCGCUGGAGCCGCCCUUCUUCACCUCGCAGACGGCGCGCCAGGCGGCCGCCGCUGCACUCUCUGAAGUCCCCCGCGUUCCACCCUCUGCCUUGCUGGGCCGGCAGCUUGGGGGCUGCCUCCUUGCCCUGCGCCAGGAUGUGCAGCAGCCCCCUGGCCUGCCGCAGGCCUUCUGCUUCUUUGAGCUGGCAUUGGAGCAGUGCCGGCAGUUCUGCAGGAGCGGCUGCUAUGGCGAGGCGGAGGAGGCGGUGAAGGAUGCCCGCUGCUUCUUGGGCGGCUCCGGGGCGCCGCUGGGCAAGCCCCUGGGCCUCCUGGAAGCUGCAGUGAGGCUGAGCCGGGCGCUGGCCGAGGGCUCGAGGCCGGCGGGGCCCCAUCUCUCACAGGCGGUGGUGGCACUGAGCGGCGCGGCUGAGGCCUCAGAACGUCUCCUGCGGCUGCUGGCUGAGGGCUGCCAGCUCGUGGUGUUGGCCCUGGGUGAGCAUGCCAAGAGGAGCCCACGGCAGCCUCUGGGCCGUGAGGAUGUGCUCGGCCUCUGUGCCUUCAUUGAGGGGCACUGCCACGUCCUUGGCCAGCUGCUGCAGAGGGUUGCCCCCGAUGGCAUGAGGCAGAGGCUAACACUGAAGCAGCUGCUCUACCACAGCCUCCACCUCUUCACCAGCAUGGCGUAUGAUGCCUUCCAGUGCUCCCAGGUGGCCGGGUGGCCAGGGCUGGAGCGGCUGACAUUGGGCUGCCAGGGCACUGUGGCACGGAUGCUGGAGGCACUGGAGGGGCUCCCUGAUGCUGAGCAAGCCAAGUACCUCGAUGUCACCGCAUCAUGCACGUUUAAGCUGGCCUACAUCUUCUACAACCAGAACCUUCAUGAGGAGGCCAUCUCCAUCUCCAAGCUCUUCUGCCAGAUGCUGGAGACGACAGAGGCUUACAAAUACCUGGAGAUCCCCCACGAAAGGCUGCACAGAUGCUUCAGGCUGCAGGUGGAAAGCUACCAAAAGCUGGGCCGGCUGGAGAGCGCCCUGGCCUCCACUGUGCAGUGGCUGGCAGCGCUGCGGGGCCGCCUUGCGGAGCUGCUGGCUGAACCUGUCUCCUUUUGGGUCCGAGUGAAAACCGACGCCGUGAAGCAUGGAGCUGAGGAGCUACGGCUGAGAACCCUGAAGAAAGGCUUGGAGGGGCACUGCCUGGAUGUGGGGACCUUGGUGGCCGUGCUCUUCGCGGAGCUGAAGGCAUACAAGACUGUCCGCGCCAACACGGGGCAGGAGCGCUACAACGUCCUCUGCGACCUGCUGGAGAUCUGCUCAGAGGAGAGCGGCCGCCUGCACGAGCGCGCCAUCAGCUUGACGGAGCUGGCGCAGGUCUUGUGCUACUACAACUACGCCCGGCAGAUGGACUGCUCCGCACUGGACUCAGUGCGUGAAGCCUUGCGGCUGUUGGAGGCAGUGCCCAGGAGCGCCCAGAACCAGGAGCAGCUCCUCGACGACCAGGCACAGGCUCUACUCUGGCUCUACAUCUGCACGCUGGAGUCCAAGCUGGAGGAGGGCAUAGCAAGGGAGCAGAGAGCCAAGGCUCAGGGCCAGAAGAACCUGGAUGACUUCGAGGCCAACGACCUCAACUACGAGGCCAGGCUGCAGGAGAAGUUCCUGUAUGACGGCAUCUCCUUCAACCUGGCGACAGAGUUGGCCCAGUCAAAGAGCCUGGAUGAAGCCUUGGCCUUGUGGAAACAGCUCCUGGCCUCCAAGGGUGUCCCAGCUGUGCGCAGCCCUGAGCAGACCGUGGCCUCCCUGCACAUCAUGGCAUCUCUCUACAGGCUGAUGGCCAAGCCUCUGCAAGCCAUGGAGAGCUACCUGCUGGUCAGAGCCCUGCGCAGUGCACUUGGGGACAGGCUGGGCACGGCUGGCGCCCUCUGCCAGGUCACCAAACUGCUCCUCCAGCUCGAGUGCCACAGCUAUGCCGAGCUCUUCCUGGAUGAGACGGAGUCUUGCUUGCAGAAAGCCGACAGCAGCAGCGAUUCCUACCUGCUGCUGCAGCAAACCUGCCUGAUGCUCCGCAGCCAGUUGUGCUGCACCAGCAACCGGAUCGAGGAGGGCCUUGCCCUCCUGCUGGAGGUGCUCCAGAACCCGGCUCUGCAGAAGGUGGCCAAGGUGUGGUACAUGCUUAGAGCCCAUGUCCUGCAGCUCACUGCCGUCUACCUCAGCCUGCCGCCCACCCGCCUCUCGCCAGAGCUCAGGCAACGCAUCUCCACAAAGGGGUGGAAGACUCCCGAGAUGGCUCUGGCCGAUGCCUACAAGCUCUUGCGCAGCAUCAUCCUCCUCCUGGUGGGCAGUGAUGUGCUGGGCGCCCAGAAGCUGGCUGCGGAGGUGCAGUUCAUGGAUUGUGGGGACAACGUGCUGCAGAAGUGGCAGGUGCUGGCUGAGGUGCUGGGCUGCAUGGAGUGCCUGGUGGCCCUGCUCGGCCGUGCUGAGGUGGUGUGCAGGGCCAAAGCCUUCUGCCUGGAGGCCAUCAAGCUGGCCACGAGGCUGCAGGCGAGCCGGUGGUGCGUUUCCUUCCUGGUGCUGAAGGCGCAGCUGGAGCUGCAGCAGAGCAACCUGGAGCUGAGCCACAUGGACCUGCAGCAGGCGCUGUUCCUGCUGGAGUCCAGCACUGAGUUCGACAGCGCUGAGAAACAGCAAGGCCCCAUGAGGAUCCUACCCAGGAAAGGCAGACCGGAGGGCAGGAGGCAGCAGGACCCUGGCUCCAAGCCCCCCGGGGAGGAUGAGGACUUUCUGAAGGGCCCCGAGCUGGAGUUUGUGGCCGUGGUGAGUGGGCUGGAGAAGGCAGCCACACUCAGCUCCUCGCCACAGCUGAAACCCAAGCCAAGGAGGAGGCUGGCCUUCCUCACCCACCCCACUGCCUGCCCCUGCUGCCUCUGCUCUGACCUGGCCCUCUCAGCCCUCUGCCUCCGUUGGCUGCUCGCCUGUGCCCAGGGUGAGCUGGCAGCGGGCAGUGCAGCCGAGGGGCUGGGCCUGAUCCUGGCCACCCUGCAGCGCUGCGGUGCCGUGGCCGCUCGCUUUGCUGCCCUGCUGCAGGACAAGCUGGGCAGUGGCGGGGAUGCACCUGUGCUGGAGCUGCUGGAUGACCUGGUGGCCACCAGCUAUGCCACGCUCGCCCUUCACAGCCUGGCCAGCCCCUGGCCUGAGGGGGAGCUGCCAGAGCAGGUGGAGGCUGGUUUGUCCUUUGUGGCGUCCCGCAGACCCCACCUGCCUAGCCUCGAGGUCUCCAGGGCUAGCCUCCUGCUUGCCAAAGCCAUGGCCACUGUUUGCUGCCUUGCCACCAAGCACGGUGGCUCCAUGGCUGCUGUUUUUGCCACUUCUUGGGCUUGGCAGCCACUCCCCCCACGUCCCACCGAGCCCAACGUGCCGGUGGCCGUGCUCAAGAUGGAGAAAACUCAGCCCCAGAGGGGCAGGAGCAAGGCAGCGCUAGCAGCAUCCUCGCUGCCCAAGCCCAAAGCGACAAAGACCCGGAGAGCGAAACUCCCAGCUGUGAUGGAUACCAACCAAGCCUUCAUGCUCAGCGACUCCGAGGCCGAGCUGGUGGUGACGCCUUGCACCUCACGCCACAAAGCCUGUUCCCCCCAAAGGGCCCGUGCCCAGGGUGCAGCAGCAGCCUCCGUGCCCAAACCCAGAACAAAGAACCAGAGAGCGAAGCCCCUGGCUGCAGCAGGUGCCAACAACAUCUUUGCUUUGGGCAGCUCUGAUGCCAAGGUGCCCCCCAUCGUGAUCCAGCCGGCAGUGGUGCCCUGCACCCCAUGCCAGGUCUCUGUCCCUGCCAAGGCAGGGGGCCGGGUGGCUGCAGCUGCCCGGCACCCUAAGCCUGCCUUCACCGUGUUCUGUGACUCCCUGCCACCGUUCAGCAUGUCCCAGCUCCUGAAAGCACCCAAAGCCAGCAGGAAGGGGAAGUCUCGCCUGCCGGUGACAUUCAGUGAUGACAGUGACACUGAGGAUCCCAACCUGGGGAUGACCCCAGCAACUGGCAGAACCUGGGGUCCCAGCCGCAGGAUGCAACAGUCAGUAUCCUUCUGCCAGAGAACUCUGCUCCCCAGCCUCUUGGAGUUGCAGGGCUCCCAGAUGAGCUCCUCAGAAGGCAGCAGCACCCAGCCCCAGAGAGGGCGCAGGGCAGCGAGCACAGAGGAGAAGAGGCAGCAGGCAACCCACAGGGCUCGGGGCAGGAGAGCCAAGGAGCAGUGGGAGCUUCUGAAAGCCAUUGAGGAGAAGGCAGACAAGGAGCUUAACGUCAGCUUUGAGCUCUUGCGAGCUUCCAAGGAAGAGGAGGGAGCCACAGGCAGCAUCCGGCUGCCCCAGCGCAGGCAGGAGGCUGUGGACAGGGAGCACGAGGUGCUGCGGAGUGAGGCCACCGAGCAUGUCCCGGUGGGGGGGAUGCCAGGCAGCAGGAACCCCCAGUGCCUCAACAACCUCUCCACUGCCCUGCUGUCUGUAGAAGAUGUUUCCUCGCUGGACACUGCCUGCAGGUUCCUGAAAGCUGCCUUCAACAGUAUCAGCCACUGCCCACCUGGCACGCUCUACAGCCAGCUCUGCCAGCUCCUUGCUCUGGCCACAGGUGACCAGGACCCCGUCUCCACCGCCUAUCUACUGUCUGAGUCAGUCUCCAUCACCAUGCGCCAUCAGCUGCUCAGCAUCGUCCACAGGAAGCUUCACAAACUGAAGAAGUUGGCGGCAGAUGUGGCUAAGCAGAUCCAAGGGCUCUCCCUGCAGGAGGAUGCUCCCUCGUGCAUCCAUCACCUCACUGAGCUCCAGAACCUCUUCAGCUUCAGCCCCAUGGGUCUGGGACCCCAGGAGCUCAAUGGCUUCAGAGAGCAGCUGCAGCACAUCCCUGCAGGAGUGACUGUCUGCAUGUUGACCCUCGUGAGCAUCCAUCACUCCUCUGUGGAUGACAUGCUGCUGCUGACGCGCUUGGAGAGGGGCAGCACUCCCAUCACUGUCCGCAUCCCAACCGCGCUCACCAAGGCCCCCCUGAGCUCAGUGCUGAGUGACUUUGACACCAUCCAGAAGGAGCAGAAGGAAACCAGCAGCUGCACCAACAAGCGAGACUGGUGGCUAUGCCGCUCUGAGCUGGACCGCAGGAUGAAGAGCCUCAUCGAGACCCUGGAGACAGAGGUGCUGGGCUGCUGGAAGGGAGUGCUGCUCCCCGCUGGCCAGGAGCCUGCACUGGCUGAGGAAGCUGCUCGCCUCUUCGCCCAGCUCCGUCCCUGCGGCUGGCGGGGUUCGGACCCAGCACUGCUCAAGGUUCUGCUGAACGCCGCUCCCCUCCUUGCCCCUGCUGAUGUGCAAGCCCUGGCCACGGGGCUGUGCCUAGAGCAGCCCUGCAAAGCACAGCUCCUCCUGCAAGAGGCCCUGGAGAAGAGGAGGAGCUGUGCCCAGGCCCCUGGUGGCUCCCUCGUCCUCGUGCUGGAUAAACACCUGCAGAAGCUGCCCUGGGAGAGCAUGGCGUGCCUGCGUGCCCUGCCCGUCACCCGCCUCCCAUCCCUGCGCUUCCUUCUCAGCUAUGGCCUGGCACAGAGGCAGGCAGGCUCUGUGCUGCACCGCGGCAUCAACCCCACCAGGACCUUCUACAUCCUCAACCCCCAUAACAACCUCCCGAAAACUGAGGAGCGCUUCCGGAGCUGGUUCGAGAGUGAGCAGGGCUGGAGCGGAGUCAGAGGAGCCAUCCCCAGCCAGGAGCAGAUGGAGGCAGCACUGCUGGAGCAUGACCUCUACAUCUAUGUGGGGCACGGGGCAGGUGCCCGCCUGCUGGAUGGGACGGCCAUCGCCCGCCUGGACUGCAGGGCCGUGGCCAUGCUCUUUGGCUGCAGCAGUGCUGCACUGGCUGUGCGCGGCCGCCUCGAGGGCUCCGGCAUCAUCCUCAACUACAUCCUGGCUGGCUGCCCCCUUGUCCUGGGGAACCUGUGGGACGUGACCGACCGCGACAUUGACCGCUAUGCUGAGGCGCUGCUGCGGGGCUGGCUGCAGGCGGGUGCUGGUGCCCCCCUCCUGCACUACAUCGCCCAGGCCCGCCAAGCCCCUCGCCUCAGGCACCUCAUCGGGGCCGCCCCUGUUGCCUACGGCCUGCCUGUGUCUCUGCAGUGACCCCCUCUGCACCCCCGUGUGUACCCCCUGCCCCGGGGAGGCGGCUGGGGCCCUUCCUCCUCUUUUAACGUAUUUUAAUUCUGCUGGGUUUU